AUGGAGGUAGCUAGUUGGAUAGGAGAGAGGCGUGGGCUUGGAGAAGGAUUGGGGUCUGGUGUGGGACCUAGGCCGAAAGUCACAUGUGGGCCUGAAGGGAGGCUCGGGUCUGAAGUGAGGCGCGGGCUUGGAGAAGAAGGUUGUGGGUCACCAGAAGGAGGCUAUGGGCCUGGAGAAGAUGACGGGCCUGGAGAGGAAGGCAAGGAGAUCAAUGGUGGUGGUUGCCCAGCAGGGGCAAAAGGUGGAGGUUGA